AUGUCUACAAUCCAUAUCCACAUUGGCCAAUGCGGCAAUCAACUGAGUGUACCUCUCUGGAAAAACUUUACUCAUUGUAAAACUUUUGGCAACGAAUCAGUAUUUUGCUCUCUUGAUGGAUGGCAUAGAAGUAUCCAUAUUGAUAGUGAAUCCAAAGUUCUAACCUCUCUACCAAAGACAUUUAAAGUGAGGGAGAAAAAUGUCAUAGUUGGUAAAAGGGGAAGAGGAACAAAUUUUGCCUUAGGUUACCAUGGAAUAAAAUGUCAAGGGGAUGAUCAACUUUUAGAGAAUAGUAUGGAAGCCAUAAGGAAAGAAGUUGAGAGAUGUGACAUUUAUUCUGGAGCAGUUGUGUAUCAGAGUAUAAGUGGUGGGACUGGAUCAGGCUUGGGUUCACAUUUGGUUGAAAUGCUACGAGACGAUUAUCCGUGUCAUCAAAUAUUGUCGUGUGCAGUAGCCCCAUGUGUAAGCGGUGAGAGCCCAUUGCAAAAUUUCAAUGCUUUGUUGUCACUUCACUGGCUUCAAACUUAUGCAGAUGCUGUAAUACUUCUUCUUAAUGACUAUUAUAUAACACAUUUAAAUCAGCUUCUGGAAUCUGAUGAAUCUCUACGUAACAGUCACAUUUCAUUUAAAGACAUCAACUCUGUCAUUGCCAACAAUCUCAGCGGAGUGCUCCUCCCAACAGACACUCUCUCCUCGUCAAGGGGUAUCACACUGGGACAAGAACCGUGGGAGUUGAUUAGAACAUUAACACCAAUGCCGACAACAAAAUUUAUUAGCUUAACACAGCAUACUUCAAAAACUUUAUCUUGGGAAGGACUGUCCUCAAAAGUCUUAGAUUACCAGUUGAGGUAUAGUUGUGCAGGAAACCCAACACAUUCUCUAUCAGCUGUAGCUGUAGCUCGAGGGGACAGAGAAAAUUCAUUUAUGCGUGCAGUGAAAGAAUCUCUAGACAGGAAAAUAAGAAAGGGAGUUAACUUCAUCAAUUGGAACCCUUAUCCCUUAGAUUGUUGGACUGCCAAAUUUAACAGUAUAGGAUCCAAAGAAAGCCGCUCAUUAACUUUGGCAACAAAUUCUACCAAUAUUUUAGACCACUUGAAUACGGUCUUGUCUCGUUCUCGUCUUAAACUCGAUUCAGGAGCCUACCUGCACUGGUACCAUCGCUAUGGCAUUUCACAAGUAAGUACCAGUAAUAAUAAAUGAAGAAUUAAAAUAUUGUUAUUUUAUUAACCAAAAGGAUGCAUAUUAAAUUAAAGUAUUAAUUUACAAAGAUUGAUUCUAUCAGUUAAAGAUAAAAGAUUCACAACAACACAAUGCCUAUACUUGCAACGUAAUAAACAAUUAAAUUUCAGUAGAAAUUAUCAACUUUGACCAUUGUGAAUAAUUAUUCAUAUCUGGUAAACAUUUGGGCAUGUGCCCUUUGACCUUUUCCCAUGGUGAAGAAUUAUGGGGAAAAGAUAAUGAUUCUACGUGUUAUGUAAAUGUAGGGAUCUUUUAUUUAAAAGUAUAUUUAUCUUUUGGUUUGAUGUGUUAAUCUAUAACUUACUUAGUCAGUAUUUUGGUAACAUUUUUGUUUGUUAUUAAGUAAAUUACUUUUUGCAAAAUUAAUUAUAGUUUUAUUUCAAAGUAAACACUUUGGAAAACAUAGCUUUAACAUUUUUUGUACAUAAUUAUUGUAAUUGAAAUAUACUGCCUAAAAAAGAUAUGCAGCAAAUCACAUGCUAAACAAACAAACAAACAAAAACAAAUCUCAGUUUACCAUUCAAUAAUGCUUUAAAUUUUUAUUCAACAAGAAAAGUAUUUCCUUAUAAAAUUGAUGACUUAUUUAUUAGGAUUGAAACUAAUGUUAACUGCAUUUGAUAGGUAUUUGUUUUAUUAAUAGGAAGUUUUCAAUGAAAGUUUGGAAACCUUACAGACAGUGGUCUCUGAUUAUGAGUCAAUGGCAAAAAGUUGA